ACCCCCGUAUUCAUUGUUGCAGAAACAUAGCUUAGAACCAUGGCAAUUUCCACUGGUUUUGCAUUUUCUUGUCGCCCACAUUUUCCCCUCUCUCAUAGCAUGCGAAAGGCAUUUAUUAGCUGUGCUGCAGCAAUUGAAGCCAUUGAAGAUAUCGACAGUAGCAAAGAACCAGCAGAAUGGAAGAGGUUCAAUUCAACGGAACUAGGAAUUAGCAGUUCAAUGAUUGCAAAACCUACAAAAGUUGUUCUUAAUGGUCUCAAAAGUAAAGGAUUUGAAGUUUACCUUGUGGGGGGCUGUGUUCGGGAUCUUAUUUUAAAACGAACACCCAAAGAUUUUGACAUUAUAACUACUGCUGAACUUAAAGAGGUGAGGAGAACGUUUUCACAUUGUGAGAUAGUUGGAAGGCGGUUCCCGAUCUGCCAUGUGCAUGUUGAUGAUGAACUUGUGGAGGUUUCAAGCUUUCACACCUCAGGAAUAAGGCCUGUGAGGGACUUGGGUUUAUCUUUUGAGAAGCCCAUUGACUGUGAUGAGAAGGACCACUUUCGAUGGAGAAAUUGUUUGCGUAGAGAUUUUACGAUAAACGGGUUGAUGUUUGACCCUUAUUCAAAACUGGUCUAUGAUUACAUGGGUGGAGUGGAUGAUCUCAGGAAAGCUAAAGUACGAACAAUCGGUCCUGCUAGUUUCUCAUUUAUAGAGGAUUGCGCUCGAAUCCUUCGUGCAAUUAGAAUUGCUGCCAGACUUGGAUUUCGAUUUGGAAGGGAGACAGCUCUUUCUAUUACAAACUUAUCAUCUUCAGUCCUGAGGCUUGAUAGGGGAAGGCUCCUCAUGGAAAUGAAUUACAUGUUAGCCUAUGGCUCUGCUGAGGCUUCACUAAGAUUAUUGUGGAAAUUUGGUCUUCUAGAUAUACUUUUACCAAUUCAGGCAGCAUAUUUCGUACGGCAUGGUUUUAGAAGGCGCGAUAAGAGGUCUAACUUGCUUUUGUCUCUAUUUUCCAACCUUGAUAAAUUAGUGGCCCCCGAUAGGCCAUGCCACAGUAGCUUAUGGGUCGCAAUUUUGGCUUUACAUAAAGCACUCUCAGAUCAACCAAGGGACCCUUUGGUGGUUGCUGCAUUUGGCCUUGGUGUUCAUAACGGAGGUGAUUUGUCAGAAGCUUUAAGUAUAGCUAAAAGGAUUUCUGCACAACAUGAUGGAAGCUUUCAUGAGUUGGAAUCUCAGGAUCUGGACUUGCCAGCUUUAAAAGAAGAAGUUGUGGAACUGGCAACUUCAGUUCAAAGGGCACUGACUAAUAUGACGGACGAGUAUUUUGUCUCACGAGCAAUGACAAACUACCCUAAAGCGCCGUACUCAGAUCUAGUAUUUAUUCCAUUAGCACUGUAUUUAAAGGCGUGCAAGGUUUGCCAAUGCGUUAGAAUGGGAAAGGAGAACGGAUUUGUACCUAAGCAAGGUAGCAAGAUAGACUAUGAGUUGUUAGCUUUGGGUAGCCUGCAGGAAGUCCGACAUGUCUUUGCAAGGAUUGUCUUUGAUACCAUAUAUCCAUUAAACACUGGCGAGGAUGAUAUGUAAUGAGUAUCUGUUAACGUCAGGUUUAUGUAUUUUUGCCUAUAGAAUGUAGUAUCAGUUGCAGGAAAUUGAUAGUUGAUAGGUGUAAGAAAUAGCUUGUUCCAAUAAAAACAGUUGUACCGUUUGCUUUUGAUAAAACUGUCUGUACUCUUCUCAUGUA